AUGUCUGAUCCUCGAUUCGCAAGGCUCAAGACAGAUCCCCGCUUCCGUCGCCCGAAAAAACAGUCGACAAAGGUAGUCGUCGACGAACGCUUCAAGGACAUCUUUUCGACCAAGGGAAAGAAAAGACAAUUGGUUGACAAGUAUGGUCGCUCUUUGUCAAAAAACCACGAGCAAGAUAAUCUCCGGAGAUUCUACCAGCUGGAGGGGGAAGCCGAGACAAAUAACGGCGAAGGGAGCACAUCGUUUCCUGACUAUGCCCGCGGAGAGGUCCUCCUAGAGUCCUCAGAUGAAGACGAAGCCGACAAGGAAGGCGAAGACGCGUCGGACGAUGAAAGCGACACUGGUGGCAUCAUAACACUCGGGCCUCAAGACGGAAAUGAUGCCGAGGUGGAGAUUGACUUGGAUGAAAGCCGGUUUGCAGAAUUAGAUGCCCAGGCUGCUGCCUACAAGGACUCGCACCCAGAGGAUGAGCCAGAGCCAGGUUCGCAGACACGACGCCUUGCAGUUGUCAACCUAGACUGGGAUCAUGUACGUGCAUCACACCUAUACAAAAUAUUUGCCUCUGUGCUAUCUCCAACAACCUCGGCGUUGUCGGGGCGAACAUCGAAAUCGGACUCGACGAGGAAUAAAAAGGGCCCCUCUGUCGUUAAAGGUCGUAUAUUGAACGUUCGGAUAUAUCCUAGUACGUUCGGGAAAGAACGUCUGGCGCGAGAGGAGAAGGAGGGUCCUCCCCCUGAGAUCUUCAAGAAGAAGAGAGAGCUCGACCCCGAACAAAUCAAUGAGAAGACGAUAUACGAAUUAGGGGAUGGUGAAGAAUACGACGAUGAUGCUCUGAGAAAAUAUCAGCUAGAACGUCUGAGAUACUAUUACGCGAUUGUAACUUGCGACACAGUUGAAGCAUCGGCCCACAUAUAUCACGAACUCGAAGGCACAGAGCUUGAACGCUCUGCUAACAUCUUCGACCUGAGUUUUGUCCCUGAUGAGAUGACGUUCGACGAUGAAUUCAGAGAUGAGGCUGCCGAGAACAUCGACUUCAACUAUAAAGCAGUCGACUUCGUAACUGAUGCUCUUCGCCAUUCCAAAGUCAAGUUGACAUGGGAGGAAGACGAUCCUGAGCGCAAUUUGGUUACUCGCCGCAAACUCUCGCAGAAGGAAAUUGAAGAAUCCGACUUCAAGGCCUACCUUGCCUCUUCAUCCUCUGAAUCUGAAGCCGAAGAUCAACCGUCCAAAAAGUUUUCCAAGUCUGCAUCACGGGAUAAAUUACGGUCGCUGUUGCUUGGAGGAGAGGACGCUGAACUACCGGAAGGCUGGGGAAUGGACGACGGUGCAGAUGAUGUGGACAUGGAGAUUACGUUUUCGGCAGGGUUGAGUGGUGCGAAGGAUGGUGACGAGACGACACUGGAGAAGUACCAGAGGAAGCUCAGGGACAAGAAGAAGAAACGGAAGGAAGAGUUGAAGGAGAGGACUGCGAGCAAGAGUGGGGCUAAAGAAUCCAAGGAUGAAUUCUUCGACGACGGGAGCGAUGAUGAGUCCGAGUUGCCCGCCAACACGAAGGCCCGACCGCGAGACGAAAAAGACAGUCAAAAAGGACGGAAUAUUUCGACUGCUGAGGAACUGGCCCUCCUCGCAGCAGUCGACCAGCCGGAAGACGAUGACUCCCAUCACUUCAACAUGAAGUCGGUCCUUAAGGCUGAGAAAGCGAAGAAAGGCAAACGGGGGAAACUCAACAAAAAGAAACAAGUCGAGGCAGAGAACGAACUUCAAGAAGAUUUUGCCAUCGAUGUCAAGGAUGAGCGUUUCGCCGCGCUACAUGAAGAUCAUACGUAUGCCAUUGAUCCAAGCAAUCCACAUUUCAAGAGGACGAAGAGCAUGGGCGCGUUGCUCGAAGAGCGAAGUCGGCGUCACAAAAAUCGGCACGAGGAUAUAUCAAUACCGCGUAAACCUUCGAAGCCUACUGAAGAUACGGACGGCGGUCUUCAGGCUCUCGUUGAUCGAGUGAAGCGGAAAAGCAUGGCCACCUCAAAUGAUCGCAAGCAUAAACGGCCGAAGUCGUAA